AUGGCGUCGUCUCAGUCUCUGACGCCCUAUCUCUGCAGGGGGAACACCCAUCUGCCGUGGUGCCGAUUCGUCCGGGCGCUGCUCGUGGCCACGGCGGCGGCGCUGGUGGUCGUCGUCGUCCAUGCAGACGGAGCUACGACGACGACGGCAGCAGCUGGAGGCUCCGCCGCCGCUACGGACGACCACCAGCGGCCGAAGAUCCCGGCCAUCUUCGUGUUCGGCGACUCUAUCGUCGACCCCGGCAACACCAACAACUGGUUGACGGCGGCGAAGGCCAACUUCCCGCCGUACGGGCAGGACUUCCCCGGCGGCGUCGCCACCGGGAGGUUCUCCAAUGGCUUGGUCCCAGGGGACAUCUUUGCUUCCAAGUUGGGUAUUAAGGAGCUGCUGCCUCCUUUCCUUAGUCCUGAUCUACAACUAAAGGACCUACUCACUGGUGUGGCGUUUGCUUGUGGAGGCAGUGGCUAUGAUCCGCUCACAUCCACGCUUGCGAGCACCUUGUCGAGUACCGACCAACUUAAACUAUUUCAUGACUACAAGCAGAAGCUAACAGCUUUAGUUGGAGAGAAGGAAAUGACACGAGUUAUCUCACAAGGCGUCUUCUUUACAAUAAUGGGGGCAAAUGACAUUAUAAAUAAUUAUUUCACUCUCCCUUUGAGACGCCACCAAUAUGAUCUUCCUUCAUAUGUGGACUUUGUUGUCUCUUCGGCGAUUAACUUCACAAAGACUCUGAAUGAUAUGGGAGCUAAGAGGAUUGGAUUUCUUGGUGUCACACCAUUGGGAUGUUGUCCUUCACAAAUUACACUAGGAGAAAGCCCGUCACGUCAGUGUGAACCAUUAAGGAACCAAGCAUCACAGUUAUAUAAUUCUAGAGUUUCAAAGGAAAUAGAGCGAUUGAAUGCAGAACGAAGUGCUUCUGGAUCAAAGAUUGUUUAUUUUGACGUAUACUACAAGUUGCUUGAUCUUAUUCAGAAUCCAGCUUUAUACGGUUUCAAGGAUGUCAGCGAAGGUUGCUGCGGUAGCACACUGUUAAAUGCCGCCAUAUUCAUUGCAUAUCAGAGUGCAUGCCCAAAUGUAAUUGAUUAUGUUUUUUGGGACGGCUUCCAUCCUAGUGAGAAAGCCUACAAAAUUAUAGUGGAUAAGCUCGUUCAGGAAGCUUCGGAGUACCUGCUGAGGUGA